AUGGAAGGAAUGAUAAUAAAACAGGAAUACAAACAAAAGGUGGAACAAGAAGAAACUACGAUUUUCUCUCCAGAUGAAAAUAUCCAAUUGAUCCAGAUAGGAGAUGGAACAUACACUUACGUAAUUGAAAAUCCGGAUGAUAUUAAUGAAGACGAAGUGAUCCAGUAUGAUUUAUCUGAAGACGCUUCGAAUCAAGAGCAUUUUUUUAUUGAAGAAUAUGAUGGAAACUAUGAAGAGGAAUCCCAAUUUGAGACCGUUUAUGUUGAAACGGGAGACUAUCAACCUCAAGAGGAAGAGAUUUAUACAAUUUCAGAAGAAAUCGAAGAAGAGCAAAUCCCUAUUGUUGAAGAAAUUGUAGAGGAGCUUCCUGUACAAAGCUCAGAAAAUUAUGAAGUCAUUUAUGAAUGCAGUAUUUGCCGUAAAGGUUACAAAACAUCUGCAGGUGUAAAAAGGCACAUAAAUGUUUCUCAUUGUGAGAAAUAUACGGAAAAGGAAGACGAAUUGCAAUUCUCUUUGUGUCAUUGUUGCGGAGAACCAUCAGAUUCAGCUCAUACGACAGGUGACUUUGAGUGUGAAGCAUGCAAUAAGUUAUUUAUUUUGAAAAAAUCCUUGGACCGGCACAAGUGUAUCGAACAUCCUCAUCCUGUAGACAAUUUCGAGUGUUACGAUUGCAAAAAAACCUUUUCCACCAAAGAACUUUUAAUUGAACAUAUCAAAGUGCACUCGUUGCAAUCGGUAAAGUGCGAGGGAUGCGGCAAAGAGUUUUCCAGAAAGUUUCAUUUGGCAAGGCACCUCGAACAGACUGAGUGUUUGGGACAGCCUAAGCAGGGUUACGAGUGUAGGGUAUGUCAGAAAUCGUUUACUCGUAAAGACAAUCUAGCGGCACACCUUAAAGGCCACGCUGGACUAACGACGAACCGCAAAAAGAAGCAUAACACUUGUACGUUUUGCCGCAAAGAAUUCAGUACAACGGCCUUGUUGCAAAUCCACGUUCGCACUCACACAGGUGAAAGGCCAUACGGCUGCGACAUUUGCGACAUGAAAUUUCCCUCUUGCGGUGCGAUGAAAAAACACCGACGUACCCAUACCGGAGAAAAACCGUAUUCGUGUCCGGAAUGCGACAAAAAAUUCGCCGCCAAAGAAACUCUGAAUCGUCAUUGGCGGACUCACACGGGAGACAAACCCCACAAGUGUCAGUUUUGUGGAAAAUCGUUCAUUCAAGCGGUCCAACUUCGAGCGCAUAUUUUCCAUCAUACUGGAGAGAACGCUUACAAUUGCCGUUAUUGUAACAGAGCCUUUAAUCGCAAAUCACGUCUUACUACUCAUAUUAAGUUUGUUCAUGAGGGCGCCGAACGUUUGUCUUGUCCCAAAGAAGGUUGUUCCAAAUUAUUUUUUCGUCAAGAAGACAUACAGCGCCAUUUACUAUCACAUAGUGGCCAAAAGCCUCAUGUGUGUAAUGCAUGCGGCAAAACAUUUUCAAUAAAAUCUUCAUUAAAAGCACAUUUAAACGUCCACAAAAAAGAGUCUCCAGUUAUUUGUGAAGUUUGCAAUAGAGCCUUUUUGAGAAAAGACUGUUUAAUGAGGCACAUGCGAACAAAACAUAGAGACGUGCUCGAAGAUGUUAUGGCCAAUGCGGAAAAAAAACGACUUCAAAGUCAGCUACUUCAAGCUAUUGCUAAUCAAUCUAUCGACAAAGAGGCCUUAAAAGAGACAAUCGUCUGGAACGAAUUGACUUUUACCGAUUCCAUCAAGGAGUUGUUGGAAUUAUUAGUCGAUGAAGAUUGUUUGGAGGAAUUCGGUCACCCAGAAACGCCUGUGGAUAGAGUUUUAGAUUCGGUCAUACGACGGUGUGGCUAUAUUCCCGCAACCCAGUGCGAUUAUUUAACAAAGAUGCGAGAAAAUGCCAAAUUAUUGUUUGCAGUAGUCAUUGAUGAUGAAACAGCGAAAGACCUUCUUGAAGAACACACUGUUGAUGAAAUAAUUUUGCACUUAUUGAAGUUAGCUAGGAAACAAGUUGUCUUGAAUGAACAAGAGGAUAAGUUGGUAACUGAAAAAUUAGAAGAAGAUGUAGAUGAUCCAGAUGAUAUAAAAGAAUUGUAA